AUGACUAUCAAAAUCAUUGUUGUGGGUUAUAAUUUUGGGAACGAACAAGGGCGACACAGGUCUCGUUCUAGGCACAGAUCGAGGUCUAAAAAUAGAUCAUUGUCAAAAAUAGAUCCAGAUCUAGGAACAGGUCCAGGUCCAGAAACAGGUCUCGGUCUAGGAAUAGAUCACGAUCACCGAAUAAUAGGAGGUAUAGAAAUUCUCGCUGUUCUACAUCGUCAACGACUUCAAGGUCUUCAAGUGGAGGAAACUCCAGAAGAUCUAAAUCUAUUGAUAGGUCUUUAUCCAGGUCCCGUUCCAAAACUCGAUCAAGAUCACGAUCUAGAAAUAGAAAUUUCAGAAGGCAAAGGAAAAGCAGAGGUUCUUCGAAAAACAAUACGAAUAAUGAAAGGAUAA